AUGGACAUGUCCGAAGACUGUUGGGAUCACGUGGGACUGCUCCAGGAAGUCUCCGCCGCGGAACCACCCCCGCCACCACCUGCUUCCGACUUCUUAAUGCAACAUCAAGAGCUCCUGGUGAGUGGCGGGCAACCGACAACGGCGACAUCGCCGGCGAUGUCGGGGGGUGCGUUGAGCCCGGGUGCUCUAUCGCCUUCGUCGACGGCGACAACGACGACGGGGGUCGGGCCCGCAGGUACCGGCGGUGCUACGACCCCCGUGGGUGGUGCCGCCACCGGACCUGGUUGCUGUGAGAAUGGUAGACCCAUGAUGACGGACCCUGUGACGGGGCAAACGGUGUGCAGCUGCCAAUACGACAACGCCGCGCGAUUUGCGUUGAGCACUUAUCCUCGGCUACCCACCGCGACUUCCUACUCCUCCUACCCCACGCCGACACCCUCCACCACCGACCAAGGCCCUUAUCCUAGUAUCGGCAUGGAUAGUUCUGCGUUUUACUCGCCAUUGGGUAAUCCGUACGGGCUGAAGGACGCGACGGGGAUGGGCAUGACGGCGGACAUGGGUGCUGCUUGGGGCACGGCCGCCCUUCAACCUGCCGCCACGGGUUACUACCCUUACGAUCCAACCCUGGCCGCCUACGGAUACGGCGCUGGGUACGACCUGGCAGCGCGGCGGAAGAAUGCCACGAGGGAAUCGACGGCAACCUUGAAGGCUUGGCUGAACGAACACAAGAAGAACCCGUAUCCGACGAAAGGCGAGAAGAUUAUGCUGGCUAUCAUCACAAAAAUGACGCUGACGCAAGUCUCCACUUGGUUUGCCAACGCGCGGAGACGUCUCAAAAAGGAGAACAAGAUGACCUGGGAACCGAAGAACAAGACGGACGACGAUGACGAUGCGGUGCUUACCGAUUCCGAGGAUAAUAAGGAAAAGGACGAGCUCGCGUCGGAUAACAGAGGCGACCGGGUCGGUGAAGACGCGAGGCGGGGCAUCGACGAUACCGAACCAAUGAGGCACGUGAAAGCGGAACUUUUACAACAUGAAAAGGAUCUCGACGAUGAGGACGAAUUAGAUCUUGAGGACGACCGCCGACGGAGCGAGCAUCCCUUUCAUCAUACGAUGCAGCAUCACCACCAUCAUCAUCAAGGUUAUGGCGGUGAGGAUCAUCUGAAAGAAGAGGGUAUUAAAUCGGACUGUAGUGGGGGUGGUGUACCGAUCCCUGCAACGAAACCUAAAAUCUGGUCCUUAGCGGACACGGCGGCGUGUAAAACGCCGCCACCACCGUCGCACCCUCACCAUCAGCAGUAUCACCAUUUGCAUCAUCAGCAACAUUACCCUCAACAACAACAGCAACAUCACGUGCCUAAUCAAGGGCAUCAUCAUCAUUCGCAACAACCAUGGCUUGGUCCAGGAGGUGGCGCCGGUGGCGGUGGUGGCGGCGGUGGUGGAGGAAACUUGGGAAGUUCGUUCGCUCUACCGUCGUCGGCGGGGAUGAGCCCGUCGGCAGCAGCAACGGCGCCCUAUUCGGGUGCUGCUGCGAGAUACGGCGGCUUCCUUUCGUCCUCGUCCGGUGGCCAACUCCAUUACAAUCCUAACUCAUCGUCGGGCUCGAGCUCGAGUGCGUCCUCCUCGGCGGCGGCGGCGGCGGGGUUUCCAGAGGUUGGCACGGACACUCCACCUCAGACGCCGCCCAAUAUGAAGGUGGCCACGCCGAACGGAGUGAUCCAAGCACCACCGGGCGGUUACUGUCCUGGUGGCAACACCGCUAGUGCCGCAACUAAUAGCAAUCCUAAUAUCCCCUACGGCGCGAAUCAUCCCGGUAGUGGUGGUUAUCUGUCGACGAGUUCAGGAUCGGCCAGCAACGCUUCAUCCUUUAAUUCUCGACUACAGAGCUCACCGCAUAAGGACUUCUCGUCAGUUGGUCAGAAUUCUAUUCUCCACCAACAUCAAACCACUGCCAGUUUGCCACCCACGGAAGCUACCACCGCAUUUAAACCAUUUUACAAAGGUUCACAAUCGAUGGGUAGUGGUUUCGUCUCGCCAGUUUAAGAACCCGUACCAAGAUCCAGAAAAUAAUAGUCGUCUUUCCCAAAAAUAAAGUGGCGCCAUUGAGAGGGAGAGGUCCUACGAGGAAGUCUUGCGGCCGGACUGUAAAUACGCGCUCCUGAGUGGUUUCGGGAUUUAUUAGCGUUAUCUCGACUUCACGUCAGAGAUGGAGGGAGAAAGAAGUGCGAAGAGUAAGAAGCGAGUAGAGGCAAGCAGGAAGGAAGGAAGGAAGGGAAGAGAGGAAGGUGGUCGACUCUUCGAGAUACAUAAAUCGUUCCCCGACCUCUGGAAGGCGCGACUUGGAAAAGACGUAUGAGAGGGUAGAAGAGCGAUUGUGUGAAGCGGGAGUACGCGAGAGAGGAGGCGGCUUAGAGGAGAUUUAGGAAUUAGGAGAAUUACGUCAAAGUGCCUGCUUACGCACGGCUACGUACGGCGAAGCGACACCGGGUAAGAAGAAAGUAUGGGGGCCGCAGGAUUUAUACCCGACGCACUCUCCUCGGCACGU